AUGCUACCUGUAACGACGACGGAGCAGCGCCAAACCAGUCAGUCGAUCCGCCUGUUUUUUUGGCGGUACAGAUUUCGGGUAAAGGAGUUCGCUAACGGCUCGACAACUUCAAUCCAGACAGUCUGUGCCCAGUUUGGUGACGAUGCAUUGCAAGCCGACGUACCACGCCGUGUUCGACGUUUGAGUUCUCCAACCCACUGUCCUUCCAAUCCGAGAUCCCGGCGAUCCGGGUCGCCAAUACAAGAUUGUCACCCACAGACGUACUCGAUUCUCUUCUCAGAAAAGAAAGGAAAGACGCAGCAGCAGAUCUACGUCACUCGGCGUUUCGGAUGGAAUUUCUCAAAUGAAAUGUGA